UAUGAGGUAUAUAACCACCUCGGAACCAACAGAGCAUGAACCACUGUUGUCUUUUCACCUGGGGACCUUCGCACGAAUCAGAGCAACCUGUGACAACACUGUCCCACAGCGAUGAAGUGCAACCAUCUCCUGUCCUGGACCGUCCUCCUCAUGGCCUCCGGUCCACUGCUGGCUCACCCAAUCACCGACUCUGCCGAGAUGAUCUACCCCGGAGCUGCGUCAGUGGAGGAGCGAGGGGUUGGCACUCUGGAUGAUCUCUCUCUCUCCGAGCAAGGCUUCCCUCCUCAGGAGAGUGCUGGUCUCAGAUACUCCUCUCUCUUAUCCGAUGGUGUCAGGACAACAGGCCUGUUUCCUCGGGGGAUGAAUAGAGAGGUCCUGUUGGAGAAGCAAACUCUCCUGAAUCCAUUAAGCCGUGCGUUUGGCAUCAGGAAGCAGUUCCGGAAGAGAGGAGGGAACUCGGAGUGUUUCUGGAAGUACUGUGUCUAAAAGUGACAUUAAAAGAGCCAUUACAGCAACACACGAGAGACAGGGCUUGCACUUGAAUCUUUCAGUCACGUAGGUCCACGCACAUAAACCUCACAUCACUGUAUACAUGUUUGUGUACAUGUGCACACCCAGUGCUCUCACUCACAUGAGACAUAUUUAUUAAGAUGACUUUAAUGCUGCGUGGAACUAUAUUAUUAUUAUAAUACAUAUUUCUUUAAAUUCCUUGGUUAUGUGUUUGGCCAAAAUGAAACAGAAAUAA